GUGAUCCAAGCCCAAAACACUUCAGGCCCAGUUUGCCAUUUGCAGGUUGAGUCGAACUGAACUCAUCUCGCCGGAAAACGAAAGGCUCACCGGUAACCGCUACGGAGUUUCUCAUCGGAAUUCAAAACAGUGAGAAUCAAUCACAGAUUCCACCGUGAUUUCUGGCCACGAUUGCCGCUCCAUCAGAAGUAAUCGCAUCGGAGAAUCGGAUCGCAUAGGACUGUGCAAUAAUCAUGUUUUAACUUCAGAUUCUUCCCUUAGACGAGUCUCCCUAUGUAAAAUCUAGUCUUUGAUGCAGCAUAUUCAUUCUAACAACACAUCACUUUCGCAUAUAGAGUUUUGUGGCGAAGAUGUACUUGUAGCUCCAACUGAAAAUCUUGAAACUGUUAGUCUCUGAUGGAAAAAGCCAAUGCCUGCUGCUUCUCUAGUGUAUCUUCCACUGCGAUUCUUUCAAGUGUUGCUUUUGUUGUCGUCUUGAUCUUUGUCCGCAUCCUUCAUGUCAUAUAUUGUAGUGGAAGGCCCUUGAGCAAAAGAGCAUCAAAACCUGUUAGUACUCUUAUUAUUUUAGGAUCAGGGGGUCAUACUGCGGAGAUGCUUAAUCUAUUGGCUGUGUUACAAAAAGAUAGGUUUAAUCCGAGAUUCUACAUUGCUGCUGCUACUGAUAAUAUGAGUCUUCAAAAAGCUAUGUUGUUGGAGAACUCCUUGGCAUCUGAGAUUUUAAUGCAGAGUGGAACAGACGUUGCUAAUACUGCAAAGUUCAUGAAGAUUUAUCGAAGUAGGGAAGUUGGUCAAUCAUAUAUAACCUCUGUUUGGACAACUUUAAUUGCUAUAGUCCAUGCAUUAUGGCUUAUGAUUAAAAUAAGGCCUGAAGUGAUACUUUGCAAUGGACCUGGAACUUGCAUUCCCCUUUGUGCUAUUGCCUUUAUAUUUAAGGUACUUGGAAUCAGAUGGUCCUCGAUUUUCUACGUUGAGAGUAUCGCAAGAGUGAAAAGGCUCUCCUUGAGUGGCUUGCUCCUGUACAAGUUGUGGAUGGCUGAUCAAAUUUUUGUUCAAUGGCCACAGUUGCAACGACAAUAUCCCCGAGCUACCUACGUUGGUAGACUCAUGUAAUCAAUUGAUAGAUUUGUAUUCUGUAAUCAACAAACUUCAAGUUUUGCUUAUAAUAUUUCUAUAAAGCAAGAUAUUCAGAGCUUUAA